GUGUGUUUGACGCUCAUGCGUUGAAGUUUCGAAGCUAUCGACUCAAAGCGAGGGUGAGGGUGGGCAUCCUUACUUCACCCUCUCGCUGGCGAGACUGAAUUCACUCUGGCUCGGGUAACUGCAGAGAAACCACCCGCGCCGCCAGCCGUACGAGCUAUACCUCGCAUACAGCCUCUUCCUUACUUUCUCUAAUACAUCUCUAGCAUCUGCUUCCCUGUGUGUGUGUGCAAAGCUCGCUCAUCACGUUGUUUAUCAUUGAGUAAAUCGGACGUGAGUGAGUUGCGUCGGGAGAAAAAUUCACGUAAUGACUCACUGAUCUCUGGCUGGCAGCGCAAGUAUGACAACCUCAGCGACUGCACAGUGAGUCGAACCCGCCAGUUCGUCUGACUGUGUUGUGGAGGAGAGUGCGACCGUCCGCCGGGUCCCCUUGAAUCCCCAGCUUUGAACCACGUGUACCGAGAUAUUGCCCGCGGUGAAAAUUGUGCCUAACAUUAAACACUGAAAAAUACGAUCGUCCGCCUGUAUUUCACCUCGUGUGUGGGAAGUGGCUAUAGGUUAAUUACCGUGCAUAGACCACCUUUUCUGGAUUUUACUCCGUAGGAAAAGAUACCAAGCUACACUCGUGGAUUACGUUCCAGAUUACACCGUCCCGGCCCGCUGUUUGCAUAUUUUUUUCUCCAUGAUAUGUAAGGGGAGGCGGGCAGGAUGGUGAAAUGGGCCCAGGGGGAGCGCCGCCCCCUCCCUGGCGCCCCCCGCCCCCCACAGCGGCGCCCGGAAGUCCUGUUGGCCCUUCUGCUGCUCCUUCAGGCGGCGGUCUUUCUGCCCACCGCCACCGCCGACCCCGCCCCUCACCCUGGCCCAGAGGAAGGCAGCGAGGAGGAGGGCGACGGUCCUCUCACGGGGGUGCCGGACAACUCCCCACCCAUCAUACUGGAGGACCCCCAGGACGCCUACGUGAUCAAGAACAAACCAGCCACUCUCUCCUGUCGCGCCGCCCACGCCCUCAAAGUGACUUUUAAGUGUAAUGGAGGACCUCCCGCGCCAGAGUCCCAGACAGAGACCUCUUUUGUGGACCCCAUGACGGGCGUGCGGGUGGUGGAGGUGCAGAUGGAGGUGGAGCGGAGCAUGGUGGAAGGCGUGGAGGGCUUUGACGACUCUGGCUACGGGUGUCACUGCGUCGCCUGGAGUUCCCGCGGCUUGACUCCCAGCAAGACAGCCAAGGUCGCCACUGCAUACCUACGCCGGUACUUCCAGGAGCCUCCCUAUUCCCAGUCGGUGCCUCUGGAGCAGCACGUGGAGCUCCGGUGCCUGCCUCCCCUGGGCCGCCCGCACCCCACCGUCACGUGGCUCAAGGACAGCGUGCCCAUAGACCUGGAGAAGCAACCCAGCUACAAGAUAUCCUCAGAGGGGUCCUUGCUGAUCCUGUCUGCUCGACCCGAGGACUCUGCCAACUACACGUGCGAGGCGGAGAACGUGGCUGCCAAGAGGGUGUCGGAACCUGCCAUUCUGAAAGUCUACGUGGACGGUGGGUGGUCAUCGUGGUCGUCGUGGUCAGCGUGCAGUAACAGGUGCGGGCGUGGCAUGCAGCGCCGCACCCGCACUUGCUCAGCGCCCACACCUCAGAACGGCGGGGCGGCGUGCCAGGGACUCGCCGUGCAGAAGACAGACUGUUCCCACUUGUGUCCAGCGGUGGACGGGGCCUGGGCAUCAUGGUCCUCCUGGUCGACUUGUGGCCCCGACUGUCGCCACCACCGCCAGAGGUCAUGCUCGUCCCCUGCGCCUCUGCACGGGGGUCGUUAUUGCCCCGGAGACGACUUCACCUCUGCCAACUGCACCGGCGGGAUGUGUCGUAAUGGCCGAGGACCCUCCGGCAGGAUGUACGGCGACAAAAGCACCACCGAGGAAGCAACGGCUGCAGCAGUGCAGCAGGACAUCACACUGAUUGUGGUGCUGGCAGUGCUGGUGCCUCUGGUGCUGCUGCUGCUGGUGGUGGUCUUCAGGAAAUUCAACCGUAAGGACCGCCAGGAUGGACCCAUGUACGAAAUUGCUGCAUCAGACUACCCAAUGCCCUUCUACUCAGACACAACAAAGAAGCUGAAGGGCCUGGCUCCAGACCUCACCCAGGGAGUCGGCAUGGCGCCUCUGCCUCCCACCGGCUUGCCUCUCUGCUAUGACCAUGCCUACAGCGACCCGGCAUCUGUCUCCAGUGGCCACAAGUCGAACGGUGGCCUAGUGGGGUCAGUUUAUGAGGAGCACUACUCAGCCCCUGCCAGUGGAAGAGGGGCCUCUGGAAGUGUUACCCCUGCCUCAGAACAUCACUAUGAUGUUCCUCACCUACGCCCCUCACAUGACUCCCCGGCCCCUUCAGAGGCAUGCCACCUACUACCUCCACGUGCUUUGGCUACACCCACGGUGGAGGGCAGUGGUGGAGGCCGAGGUCUUGACUCUCCCAUGUCCUCCCUGGAAAAGCCACCCCGCAGUGACUCCCCCGCCUCCCUCUCCAGUGAUGCUACCUCUAACUCUCGGCCAACAUCAGCCUCGUGUUCUGAAGCUGCCCGAGAGAGUCAGCCACCCAAGGAGGUGACCAUGGGUGAAGGGUCGUCAGCCUGGGGGACAGUGACCUCAGCAGGAGGGCGUCUGAUAGUGGCAGAGCAUGGAGUAGUACUGACCAUCCCCAGCGGCGCCCUGCCUGCUGAUGCUCGCCAACAAUUCUAUGUGACUGUGGACUCCUGCGCAGGAAACACUCCAGCUCUUACUGACAGACAGACACUGCUGAGCCCUGUGGUGUGCUGUGGGCUGGUGGGCGGCGGGUCCCUCCUCAAGCCUGCUGUGCUGUCCUUUGAACACUGUGCCUCCCUCCAGCACGCCACAUGGCAGCUCCACAUCUUCUCCACACAAGUCAGCAACACGCACACUGCCUCCUCCACAUCAUCUGGGUCAUCCUCCUCCCCGCCCAACAGCAACAGCGGUGGUGAGGAGCCCUGGACCAGACUCAUCACCAUGGGGGAGGAACGAAUUGACACUCCUGUCUUUACUCAGCUUGAUGGAGCUCAGGUUCACAUGAUGACAGAACUGAUGCAGAAAUUUGUGCUGGUGGGUGAGAGUGCUGGGUCAAAUGCCGCUGUCAAGCAGGUGAAGGUGGUGACCUCUGCCCCUCCCCCCACCCCAGCUGGCACACUCACCGUCACUCUUCAUGUCAUGCAGGACACCUCAGCAGCCCUCGCCUGUGUGACACAGCAGGAAAAGCGUCGAGGUGCCUCCCUUCUAGACAAACCAAAGAUGAUGCUUCUCCAGGACUGUGGUGCCAACCUGUGCCUCACACUGGAUGACCUUGGCCCUGGCUGGCGCAUCAGACCUGGCCACCAGUACAAGGAAAUUUCCUUUGAGAAACUGUGGGGUGCGAAGAAUGAUCCUGUGAGUAUAUCCUUCACUCUGGAGAGAACUGAAGGAUCCUCAGCUCCUCUGGCCUGCAGGAUGGUGGCACAGCAGAAAGGAUCCUCCACUCACCGGCAGGUCAUCAGAAUCAACUCUGAUUUCCCCUACGCACCAGUGACAGCCUCCCCAGCACACCUUGCUCCAAGAACCUCCACAGUGACAUCUAGCAGUGGCUUUUCCUCCCUGGUGGAGCUGACCCCUGAGCCUGGAGUGUUCCGCCUGCCACAGCGACUGCGGUGGGAGCUGUGCCGCUGCCUUGACCCACCCAAUGCCCGGGGCAAUGACUGGCGCAUGCUUGCUGCCCGGCUAAAUGUGGACAGGUACUUGAAUUAUUUUGCAUGCAAGGAGAGUCCUACAGAGCACAUCUUGGACCUGUGGGAGGCUCGGCACAGGGAACCCAAUGCAGUCACCGACCUCCUCAAUGUGCUGCGAGUGAUGGGUCGGCCCGACGCCGCCCACAUCUUGGAGAGCCAUGCUGGUGCUUGGAUAUGAGCAAGUCGGUGACCAUCAGCAGAGGAAGUGCUCAGUUCGUCUGUCUGUGCCACAAGACACUGUAAACCUGUAAAAAAGAUAUAACAAAUAAGCACUUGGAUCUAGAAGUUCCUUUCUCAUGACUGUGUGAGAUUUCUCACUAAUAAAAAAUUAGAGCAUGAGGUGUGUGAAUUUCUCUUGAAAAUUUGUGUGUUAGUUCUGGUCCAGUACUGUUUUUGUGGAAAGUACAUAAUUGGAGUGCAUUUUGUGUUCAUAUAUGUGCCUGUACUUGCCCUCAACAGUGUGCUGAGACUUGUGCAUUAAGAAGGGUAGUGACUCAUUUCCUGAUAUGUAAAGACAAAUUUACCAGUGCAGCUCAAGCAAGUAUGAAUGAACAUCACUUUAUUGAAAAUAAUAGCAAAGAAAGGGUUCACAUGAAAAGUAAGGUGGUCCUAAUGAGUAUUUGAGUGCAAUAUACAAAUAAAGUAGCAAAGCUGCAGUGAAUUGAAGUGAACAUUGCAGGGGCCCCAAAUUGUGCCAUACUGAGUGGACACUGACACCAUCAAGAAGCAAUUGACUGACUUCAGAAAAGCCUGAUAGUUGACAAUACCACGAGCUUUCUGAUCUUGUGUUGUGUAGAGUUUUUAGAUGACAUUGGUAAAGAAGUAGCUGUUAUAAUUGGAUUGUAUUAAGUGUUCAAGUCAGUUCGUCCAUGUUUGUUUAGGAUACCAAGCCUGGUAGAUGUUACCUCUCCUUAAGAUAUUUAUAACUGUGAAGAGCAGAAGAGAGAGAUGCACGGCUCUGCCACAUCUCUAUUGUUAUGAUCAUCUUGGUCAAUUCUUUUUAAUUUUGUACAUAGAUAAAGACUUUGUUCAAAAUGGAUUAAGAGGGCUGAUAAUAAUAAGAUAUUGAGUCAUGGAAGUUGUAUAGUUUAUUUAUUUACAAAUUGUGUGAUAUUGCCAUAAAUUACUCUAAGAGACGUCAUGAAUGCAGUGGAGGAGGCAAGAUGAGUCACUGCUCGAACUGAAACAGUUGUGUUUACUGUUGACAGUGGCCAGUGAUUCAUGUCUCACUCAUUUGGGAAGAAGAGGACACUGCUGCAGUCAAUUGAUAAUCAAGUGCAUUAAUUGUAUACUGCCUUUUUUUUCAUGGUAUCAUUGAGGCUACUCAUGGUGGUGAAACAAAAGUGGUUUCACUUAUCGUGGAUCAACUUGCCAGUCAGCAUUUUUGUAUUUUAGUAAGUCUUGAAAGCUACAACUUCAUGUAGCAGUGGACCACGGACUGAAUACUUUUGGGCCUGGUGAUGGUCUUCAAGCUGUGACUGCCACGUGUUACAGAAAGUCAAGAUUCAGGCAUCAGUGAGUGUCUGGCAGCCUUUGGCCCUGAGCCACGGAUCCCACUCUUAUUGCACGUGCAUGUGCGCACGCGCACACACACACACACACACACACACACACACACACACACACAUACAUAAUUCACUGGUUGGUCUGUUUUUCAACACCAUAUCCCAUUGUAAGCUGUCUCUUAUUUAGUACUAAUAGUGUAAGUACCAAAAGUGACACUUUGUGUCUCUUAUGUCUGAGGCAGUUCUGUUUGACUUUAUCACAAGAGUAAUUAAAUCAUAGGGGAGCAAUACUAAGGCAAAAUUGUUAGAGAAACCUCGUCAUGAUAGAACACUUCAAGCACAGAAGGAACCUCAACAAGGGAGGCACUAUAGUUCCCAUACACUCUCACAUUAUCCUCACUCUCACUCUGGACCAACACUGCUCCAUAGUCAUUGCACAACUUCCAUACUCACAAUGGAAAUGUUUUACUCUAUUAUAACAUAUAUAUAUGUGAAUAAGAAGUUAUUUAGGGAAAGUAAUUAUAUACUGUUGUGCUUCAUAAGAGCAUCAUAGACACCAGUGUUAGCUAACGUUUUCUGUCCCAAAUGAAAUCACAAGACAUUCAUCUUCAUUUUGUACAUUGUGUCAAGCGAAAGUUAGCAGUAUUCAACACAUUGCAUGGAUAGAAGCUAACCAGAUGCAUGGAAAGGAAGCUGAUGUGUCAUGUUUGAUUACUACAGUCCAGAGUUGAUGUGUAACAAGUCUUGUAAAGGGUGAAUGAAAAAGGCCAGUUAGGGUGGGGAGUGAGGGGCCGUGUGGCGGUGUGUGUGGGGCAUCAGCGCGUCCCAGCACCGUCCAGCUAUGCAGCAGCCCUCUAUGCAUGACAGGUGUACAUUACUGCUGUGUGUCAUGUACAUCCACACAACACGCGAGGUUUCUCAAGAAGUUUCUUGUGAAAAAAAAAAAAAAAACAAAGGUACUAAGGAAGAAAUCUUGACAAACUGUUCGCACUCUGCAUUUUUUUGGGAAGUUUAGACAGGAUGAGCAUGGACCUUAACUUUCAAAACACAAGUAAACAUAGUUCUCAUAGUGUUCCUAUUACUGUUGAAAUCUAUAUUUGUUACUUUUGAAUCCAAUUUGUUCUGGGUACCAAAGAUUUUGCUCUAUUUCAAUAUUGCCAUUGGUGAUUUUUUUCUUUGUGUUCAGUCCAUGCUUGAAUAAAGUAAGGUUGGUCAAGUCAGCUCCCAGUGAGUAGGGCUUUAAAAACACAUGGGCUAAGAGUGACAAGACAAUUGAAUGACCAGUUAGCUGCCUUAUUUUCUGAAUGUGCAGGAAAACCUCUUAAUAAGUGAAGAGAGUAAGAUGGUCUUCCUAGUUUGAUUCAAGUGGAUAAAAUUCAUCCCCUUUUACCAAAAUUUGAGGCAACAUGUUUGAUACAGUCAUAAAAGAUGAUUUUCAUGUUGUUUAUAUGAAUUUUCUAUGUACAGAGAUAGAGAAGAGCUUUUUUUGUAAAUAGUCUUCCUUGGAGUCUCAGAGAAUAACUUAGGAAAGAGAAAGUUGUAACUGUGACCCUGAAACAAUCCGGUCAAGUUUUGUUACAGCAAGAGUUUUUUCCCCUCAUAUAAUUUUCAUGUUCUCUAUGUAGCCCGCAUCAUGCUCUGACCAUGCUUGCUGCAGCCCAUCUUUUGUUUCACUGCUUGGCUUCUUACACUUCACUUUUUAGUCCCAAGUUUUACAGGAGUGUUUGCCCCUUUUUAUGUAUAUUAUAAGCUUAUUGCUCAUAUUUUCUCUUAACUAAGUGCACAGUAAUUUUUGAAUGUAAAUCAUGAUUUUGCAAAUCAAUCAGUGAUUGAUGUGUUAAAAAUGCAUUCUUUUUGUUAUUGUGCAAUACAUAAAAAAUGGAAAUUUUUUAUGGGCUGUAUGUGUUAUUUACAGCACUUUUUCUUUAAAUCAAGACAAAAUGAUGUUUUAGCACAUUAUAAAUUGAAGACAUGGUCAGAGUCUUGUGUGUUUUGCUGGUGCUUCCACUGUUACACAAGCCGUUCUUCCGUGAGACUCCAGUGGAGGAUAAAGCCAUAUAUACAGAGACAAUAAAGGCAAUUUUGAUGUA